AUGGUGUCCUGGGACGGAUGGAUUUCAGAUGACAGCAGUUUCUAUGGCACCGAGGAGGAGCAACAGCAUCAAAGACAGCGCUGUGAAAAGUAUGAUCUAAAAUUGUUCUGGCAUUCUCGCUCCAAAUAUAUCAACGCCAUCGCGAUGAAUGCGAGGACUCAGCUCCUUGCAGAGCCUACUUCCAACAACAGCACAGCGCCGUCCAAGAGAGGGAAGAGGGGAACAUCACCGGUUACACAAGAUCAGACAUGCAAGACACCUAGUCGCUACCACAAAGACUUGGCGCAGGAGCACCUUUUAACGUCAAACAAGCGCGGGUCUGUCGAUGACUUUAUACGCCGCCUUCCACCACUGACCACCUCCAUCUCCAAAUGUCCCUGGAUCUGGGCUGAGAAUCCUUAUCGCAACCCUCACGGCAAGCCGCCAUAUUCCAAUGUCGCUGACUUUACAAAUCGCGGCAUGCAACUGCUCCAAGAGUCUUUAGAGAGUCGCCGUAAGAUUCGCGAGUUAGCUGCUACACAACCGAAAGGAAGCGUGACCAAAAAACUAAGUCAAGAAAGCAAGUCUUUGCAGGAGCGCAUCGCCAGCCUAGCCAGAGACACUCACGUUCUCUCUGGAAAAUGGAUGUUAUUCCUAAAAUCUGUCGAUGUUACUCGAGUCUGGAAACAGAUCGUAGCAGGUGUCAUCGAAAACCGACUUGGCUCUGGCUGCAAAGUGGCAAUGGAUGAUGGAAAAGAGGAAUGGCUGAUCUGUGUCUACACAAAGGACUUUCAAGAUACUCAAGAUGUUGUACGAGUACUCCGGGAGCUGGAAAACAUGGUUUUGAUCUCUGCAGGCCGACCUAUCUACUACAAGCCUGAUGCCUAUACUUACCUGGAUCUCAUGCGCGAAAACGCGGCCGAGUACGGAUUGCAAGCGAGUCUUUAUAAUUCCCGCUCAAUGCUGGCCAACGGUAAAGGGACCAAGUCGUCCCCACGAUCCCAAAAGAAGUAG